AUGGCUGUAGCUGCGUUGAUCAAUUAUUUGCGCGAUCUGCGCCCGUCAAUUGUUAUCGCUACAAUUUUGGUCCUCUUUUUGACCUUUUGGUCAGCGGUUUCGACAUGGCGACAGUACUGGCGACUGCGACAGUUUAAAGGUCCUACACUGGCAGGCUUUUCGAAAUGGUGGUUGAUCAAAAGAGUUGGUGGAGGGAGAGCGUAUUUGGACUUUUGGGAGGUCACCCAGAAAUACGGCUCAAUCGCUCGUGUCGGACCAAACGACCUCCUAACCGACGACCCAGAACUGAUGAAGCACAUUCUCAACGUCCGAACAGAAUAUCGUCGAUCGGAUUGGUACGAUGGCAUGCGAUUCGAUCCCGGCAACAACAACAUCCUCUCCCACCGCGACGAAGACGAGCACUUCAAGCUGCGCUCCAAAAUGUCCGCCGGCUACGGCGGUCGCGAAGUCGAGAACCUAGAACCCAAGAUCGACAAGAACAUAUUGUCAUUCAUGACCCUUCUUACAAAAUACGCCGAUGCGAGAAAGCCUGUAGACCUUGGUCGCCGGGCGCAGUUCUUUACGUUAGAUGUCAUUUCGGAUCUUGCGUUUGGUGAACCGUUUGGCUUUUUGGAGACAGAUUCGGACGUUUAUAAGUAUAUUCAGAUCACCGAGGAGACGUUGCCGGCUGUUAUGGUUACGACAGUUAUUCCCUGGUUGGUCAAGAUUUUGAGUUCGCCUUUGUUUAAAAGUGUUCUGCCCUCAGAGAAGGAUAGGCUUGGCUUUGGCAAGUUGAUGGGAAUUGCGAAGCAAGUUACUGCUGAACGGUUUGGGCCUGAUAAGAAGGUUCGCAAGGAUAUGCUUGGGUCUUUUGUGGCUCAUGGAUUGACCCAGAAGGAGGCCGAGUCUGAGAUUCUGCUUCAGAUCGUCGCGGGAUCAGAUACAACAGCAACGGCUAUCCGCUCCACAAUGCUACACAUCAUAACACAUCCCCAAGUCUACUCCAAACUGCGCGCCGAAAUCACCAAGACAUCAUACUCAACCUCCAUCAUCCCCGACUCUGUAGGCCGUGAUAUGCCCUACCUCCAAGCUGUUAUCAAAGAAGGCCUCCGUAUCUUCCCUCCUGUCGCUGGUCUAAUGUCCAAGCAAGUCCCGCCUCAAGGUGACACCUGGAAAGGGCAAUUCAUUCCCGGCGGUACCAAAAUCGGGUACUGCGCCUGGGGAAUCUUCAGAAGGGAGGAUAUCUGGGGAUCUGACGCCGGCGAGUUUAGACCUGAGAGAUGGCUUCAUAGUGACCCUGAGAAGGUCAAGGAGAUGGAGGGUGCUUUGGAGUUGAUCUUUAGUUAUGGACGAUGGCAGUGUCUUGGUAGGCCUGUUGCACUCAUGGAGCUGAACAAGGUCUAUGUUGAGUUGCUCCGGAGGUUCGACUUUUCGAUUUGCGAUCCUACAAAACCUUGGAAGGUGUUCAACUGUGGCAUCUUCUCGCAAUCCGAGCUCAUGGUGAGGUUGACACCGAGAGAAUGA